GAGCGCUAAAAGUGACGUGGUGCUAUUUGAAGUCUUAGGCAGGGGCCUAUUCUUUGCCUAGCGUCAAAGUGCUGCAAGCUUCGAGGUUGAGGACAGACUGGAUAUGAUCACAAUCGCAAGACGUCCAAUUUUUAUUGACUUCCUAUCCCUCCUCACCUGUAUUGUCGUCAUUGUAGUCCAGCUCAUCCUCGAAUCGGCCAACUUCGAGCUCAGGUGCUAGUAUCGAUCGCGCGUGCCAAUGCUUAUCUUCCCUCCGGUUCGAAUAUUCGCAUGAGCUGGUGAUCAGAGCGUCUUCUCUCUUCCAAGACAUAUCACAGCCAUGGCCGGGGCUGGAUUGAUUCUCCUUUUCCCCUUAACGGUGGUAAUGACACUGGCCUCCUUUCUGGCUGGCGCACUACCACUUUCUAUGACUCUUUCGCAGUCACAGCUGCGACUGAUAUCUAGCAUAGGGAUAGGAAUACUAGUCGGCACUUCCUUGAUUGUUAUAAUACCAGAAGGUAUCGAAGCGGUCGCUGAAUCGUCUAUUGAAGCACAUCACCCAACACCGAGGGGUUUACAUAUGGCCAGAGAUGGCCCUUCGGCUCAGUGGGUAGGAGGACAUCUGAGUGCGCAAAUGGUACAAACUUGGAGCACGGCUCCCGAGCAGAUACCAUCCUCAGAUGCUUUAAUAGUGGUACCAGAUGACGCUGCAGGCGGAGCUCUUCGAGUUAGAGCUCCAGCAGACGGAUCGGAGGUGCCCAAUGAAUCGCCUUCACGCGCCGAAGGGUCACCAGCCGGAUCUGAAAUGCCUACGCUAUACAUUGGAUUGUCUUUAGUCCUUGGAUUCAUCCUCAUGUUCCUUAUUGAUAGGCUGCCUCGUCAUGCCUCAGAAAAUUUCCAGCCUACAACGCCAAGGCAUAUUAGUCUCAGCAACCUUGGAGCAUCCUCACUCUCGCCGAAUGAAGAGGAGUCAGAGGGAUUUCUAGGAUCCCUUACGCCAACCCCGAAACAGUCCAGAAGUCUGGCGACGACAACAGGCUUGGUCAUCCAUGCCGCCGCGGAUGGGAUUGCAAUGGGUGCUUCGGUCUCGUCGCCCGACACAAAACUAGGCCUCAUCGUCUUCAUCGCCAUCAUGGUACACAAGGCUCCCGCAGCUUUCGGUCUGACAUCGGUGCUGUUGAAACAAGGUUUAUCGAAGCGGGCAGCUCGUGGUCAUCUUAUCGUGUUCAGCUUAGCCUCGCCGUUUGGAGCAUGGCUAACAUUUAUACUUGUGAGUUUCUUGGGUGGUGGUGGACAAGGAGCGGUCAGCCAAUGGUGGACCGGUAUGCUCCUCCUAUUUUCAGCUGGGACUUUCCUCUACGUUGCUAUGCAUGCAAUGCAGGAGGGCGAGUCAUCGAGCCAUGACGUUGGAUCUGGGCCCAAUGGAUAUGCGGAUGGAAGCGUUUCUCAGAGGAAAAGUGCUCAGCCUCAGAUGAGAGAAACGCUCGCUACUGUGAUUGGCAUGUUACUGCCUUUAUUGACGCAAUUUGGUCACCAUCAUUAAUAUCUUGAUGGUUGCCCCCAAUUUCCAUACCAGCGCGGGCGUAAUAUUAGAAUGGGAGCAAGACUUUAUGACCAACACGAUGUACGACCAUGAAUCCAAGACUUCUCAAAAGUUUUGGAGCGAUGUACAACGUAUAAUUUAAGCUGUAUAAACUUUCUAGAUAAAAAGUAUAUUGUUCAGCGUUGCUGCCCACAUUUAAGCCGUGUAAAUAGGGGAGAGCAAGGUUGGACUUUCAUUUCCAUUUUAUUUCUAGACUACGGAAUUCACAUUAUUUACCAAUCAUUGAGGUGAAGAGCAGUAAAUGAUGACUUGACGACACAAUAGCAGUAUUGCAAUAACGACAAGCUGAAUUCAUUUGGAAAGGUACUUAAGAUGGUAC